UGAAUAUCGCAUUGCGAUCGGUCGUGCAGUGCGCCACGUGGCCUUGUAUGCGUUUCACUGUACAGGUCGCCGCUGCUACUCGAUAGUAACAUUUCAAUAUUUUAAUUUGUUUUUAUAUUUUUUCCUCAAGAAUCGUCCGACGUGUUACGGAAAUACGUGUCCGGUGAAUUAAUAUUCACGUGUGCGACCCCAAUCGAUUAAUUGUAUGCGCGUGUAUACGUAUUUUCCGAAUUUUUUUCGCCUAGAACGAUAGAAUACAUAAUUGUAAAUACCCCGCCGUGUUAAUUAUCGCGAUACCUGUCGAACAAAUACGCUUAACGUGCGGCUCGUAAAACCAUUCUAGUAUUACAAUAAGGUGUAUGGUUCGUCCGGGAGAAAGAGCAUCGGUACAAUAUUAUCACUACGGCGCUGUUGACAUGGAUAUUGUAAAAAUCAAAGUAAGUAACGUUGAAAUAAUAUUAACAAACAAUCAUAUUCCCGGAAACGUCGGGAAACAUUUCGUGUUCAAUUUCUGUUGCCAUUUUUCAACGGUUAAUUCGCCGGCAGAGAAAAAUUUAUAAUAAUUACGACAUUUUUACCGCGGGACAUAUUUUUCACAUCUGCACUGCAUUAUAAUAUGUAUAUUGUAUACAUUUGCACAAUUAAUUACGACUUUUAUUUGAUUAGUAAUUAAGAUUUCAAAUUAUAUAUUUUAAUUUUUCGCAAAUACGAUAAGUGUAAACAAACAGUAUGGUUUAAUAAUUUUUUUUUUUUUUUUUUUUUUUAUAAAAACAAAAUAUUCUACGAGAACAAUCCGGAGUGUUGUUUAAGCGUAUAUAAUUAGCUCGUUUCAAUUAGCUCGGUUCGUUAUUAUUUAGAUUUUUUUUGUUCUACUACGUUGUAAUACAUAAUCAUUGUACAUUAGACUAUAUCUCUAAAUGAAUAAUAAACGGUAGUAGGUUUAUGGAAAACCAGAGUCGCUGAAAAAUAAUUCGCAUUACAAAAAAAUCAAAUUAAUAUUGUCAAGUGUAUCUGAAACAAAACAAUUAAACAAAAUAAAUUAGCAAUUUAUUAAAAAUUAUGCUAACAAGUGACUAGAAACAAUCCAUAAACCAAAGGUUGUCUAUUAUGAAAACAUUAGUUACACGCUUAUCGAGUUUACGAUCAUAGUAUUAAUAUUGUUUCCUAAUCAAUUUAUUAAUAUUAAACAUCUUUAAUCGUAUAAAAACGUCCGUACAGCAAUAAGUAGGGAAAAAAUACAAUUCAUCAUCAAACGCAAUUCAAAUUUAAUUAAGUAGGUACAUGCAUGUUACUCAUACUCGAUAAUAAAUUGUAUUUAAAAGAACACCAGAUAUUGUUAAAUUAAACGUAUAAUAAUAAUAUUACAGUAAAAUCUGUCUAUAAGGGACACUCACGACACAUCAAAAGUGUCCCUUAUACACAGGUGUCCACGUUGUAGAAAAGUUACAGCGUUUUUAUAGCCAAAUUUAUUCGACUGCUUGCAUUUUCCCAAUGCCGAAUUUGUCAACGAGAUUUCCGCAAAAAAAGAAGCGCCAUCGCAAAAAAAAAAAAAAAAACCUACUCAGAAUUGGCAACGAUGAAUUUCGGUUUCUGAUUAAAAUAGUAUAAUAAGAAAUAAUAUUUUAUCUAUAUUGACCCCGAAAUAAACGUUAUCGUUUUCAACUGAAAAAAUAAUCAAUCGAACGUAUAAGUCGUUUAUUUUCUAUGUUUAACUGUAUAAUUGAUGUACGUUAUUAUGUCAACGCGGGAAAAAAUACUACUGUCCGCGUCCAUUUUAGGCAGAAAAUUCGUUAUAGACGAGACAUAUAAAUACCCUAUCUAUUUGUCGGAACCUUAUUAUUUUGUCCGAUAAAAGAGAUGCCCGUACAGACCGAUUUCACUGUAUACUGUUUCUUGUUAGACCGUUAAAUAUAAAUAAUCAUGAACUAAGCAAUACCAAUAAGCAAGUUCGUCACCUGGUAAAGUUUCUGAAAAUAAUAUUUAAAAUCAAAUACAAACUUAUCAGCUACGAUUACCUUUUAAAAAUAUUAUAACAUUUAUCUACGGUGUACCUGGGAUUCCUAUAAAAUAAUGCCAUUAUGUAAGUAUAUAACAGUAUAUUAUGUAGUUACACAUAAUAUAAAAACUGAAAACAAAAAAAAAAAAAAAAAAAAUAGAAAGUGGUUAUAAUAAUAAAUGUAUACAACUUGCGCACUGCAAAAAUUAACACAAUGUAUGUAUUACACAUCGAAAUUUAAUCUCUAAGUUUAUUAAAAUAUGAAUGCAUUAAGUAUCUACCUAAUACACUUGUGUAAAUUGCACUAUUACGGAUGAUAAUCGAUACAUCGAUAAUAAUUCAAUACAAUUACUAUUAUGAUGAACGCCAUAACAAUAUUGUAUGUGUGAAAUGUGCAGAUUAGUGAUGUGGUACAUAAUUAGAUAAAUCUGGAUUAUCCGAAAAUCAGAAUUUUGGUUUACAGAUCUCAAAUUCCGAAAAUUAUAAUUUUAGAUUUCAAAAUUUGAUAUAUUUUUUUUUUAAUCUAUCAUAUAUUGUUUUGUAUAAAUCCCCGGCGCUACGCGUAUAAUCUAAAAUGUAUAUUUAAUAAUUUUACAGAAAAAAAACACACAUUUUAUUACAUAUUUGUCAGCAGCCACCUUAUACAAGGUCACCAGAACCUGGAAGUUUCCUAAAUACUAGCCUUUUCUAGACGUGGCCAAAUUUAAGAAAUAAUAAAGAUUUUUGAGCUAUUCAUAGGCAUUUGAUCAUAGAAAUCACGACAUUUCAAAACAUAUUUGUUGAUUAACCUAACAAUGAUUAAUAUCGUUGCGUAUAUAGUUAUAAAUAAUUCUUAGACUUUAUGUAUCCUACCUUCCCACCUAUAACAGUGGCACAACCAUCAGCAGUUUUGCUCAGUUUUUAAUUUUAAUAAUUUAAGAAUGAAUUCAUGAAAUAUGACAGAAACAUACAUUUGUUUUAUUGUAUUUUGUAUAGCGUACCACUUAUAGAAACUAUAGUACGAGAUAAAUCUUUCAAGUACCAUUUUAUGACAAAAAUUAAAAUUUAACUAUUUAAAAAUCCAAUAUAUUUAUUCCGUACCGACUACAGUAUAAAAUACUACAUUUUAAUUAUUUAUACAGGUUAAGUAUAAACCAUUAUUAGAUCCGUUAAAAACAAUUAUACAAAUAUGUAUAUUUGUUCAUUCACUACCUCCCCGCAACUUUCUGGUACCGCUAUGUUACCCACCAAGUCUCAUCAUAGAACCACUGUUCUAAAACUACGCAAUGAAUUUUAAUACGGUUUUCACUAUUAUUUAGAAAAUGUCUUCCGUAAGGUAAAUAUACUCUUAUAUUAUAAAUUAUAUUGCAUGGUUAUAUUUUAUAGAAAAAAGUCGAUGUUUAUUGUAAUCAAGUAGUAAAACAAAUAUUUUUGAACACUUACGUUGCUAACGCAAUAAAGCUGACUAAACCUUAUGAGAUACGGAUAAUCCACAGUUAACAUGGAUGUGAAAGUUUGUUUGGAUGGAUUUUUUUUACCUCUUCACGCCAAAACUACUGAACGAAUCGUACUGAAACUUUGCAUAGAUGUAGUUCUAGACCAGAAAGAACUUACAGGUUACGUUUUUCAAACAAAACAAAGUAAUAAAUAAGUGUAAUAGUAGUUAAUGUAGAAACUACUCACGAUUAGUUCAUUGUUAGAGUGAAUUUUUUUUCUUUUUUGGUACGACCAACGCCGGGUAGACAACUAGUAAUGAAUAAAAUAGAAAAUGUAUAACUAUAUAAUAGUAAUACAAAUGUAUGAAAAGAAAAAAUAUUUACUACCUAAUAUAAAAUUAUAACUAACGCAUAAGUACCUAUGGUACUAAAAAAGUUUUAAUUUCACCUCAAAAUAGUUAUUUUUAAUUUUUAGAGGUAUUGAUUUUAUAUUAAAUAUUAAUAUCAGAUUUACUUCGCACCACGGGUAGGCCACUGUUUUAAGUGAGAAGUUGGGGAGUUAGGAUUUAGCGGGGAUUUAAUUCAAAUGUGUACACAAAGAUUAAUCAUUACUAAUGAAAACCGACUCUAAGCUAAUAGUAUUGCUUUUUCAACAAUGUGCGUUCUCACAACAACGACGAUUGUUUAAAAAAGAUUAAUAAAAGAUUAAAAUAAUAUGAACUUAAAAAUUAAAAAAAAAAAAAUAAUAUUAAAAACGGUAGCCAAUGUCAGCCUUAUUUUUAAUUUUUUUUUAACUUAAAAAACCAGUUUUUCCUCAAUAUCUUGAAUAUUAAUGAGAAUUUAAAAAAAAUUACCUUUUUAAAGUACCAAACUUAAAAACUUACAAAAUCAAUGCUAGAAGUGCCUAACUAAAUUAUAGUUAUUUAUCAUUUGUAAUUUUAUUAUUUUUCACAUUUGUGGUAAUUUAGAAAUUCAAUCGACGUAAUCUAUCUCGAAAUAUAAUAAUAAAAUAAUACACUAUUCAGUAUUCUACUAGUAUUAGACAUAGUUCCAUAACAGAAAUUUAAUGCUGAUUAUAAAGUCAGUAAAAAUAUUUUAUUAGCAUUAAUUAUAUUCUGUAUAGCGACCAACAUUAUUAUUAGUAUUUUAUUAGUACAAUAAUAUGAUAAUAUGAGAAAAAUAGUUAAUUUAAGCGUUUAAUUUUUUUUUUUUUUUUUUUUUUUAGUUAGUCAGUUAAUAAAAACAACAAAUUUAAAUUUAUUAAAUCUAAUAUAAAAUUAUUGCAAGGUUUAUUGCAAGUGGUAUGCACUAUGCAUGGGUACAUCUUGAUUAAUAUAAAAAAAUAGGUACAACAAUUAUCGAAUUAUACAUAUUAAUAUGUAUUGUUUACAUUGAUAAAUACAUUUUAAAUUAAUUUUAUUGCAAAGUAACUUAAUUAUAUUAUUAUAAUAUUAUAAUUAUAUAGAGUCUGAAAUGAAAAUUUUAUUAUGAAAUAUUAAUAAUUUGAAAAAUAUUUCUUUAUAGAUACUUCAAUUCAACCAACUCGAGAUGCGAAUUUCUAUUACAACUUAAUUUUAUUAUUUGACAAGGUAUUAAUAUUAUAACGCAUAAUUUAUAUAUUCAGUUAAUAGAUUCGAUUGAUUUUCAAAUAAUAUUUUUCUAUUUUAAUUAAAUUGAAAUCGUAUAUUAUACAUGUGAUACAUAAAUACCAAUCAAUCUUUAAUUCGAUUAAUUACUGUUUUUUGCAACCCUUCAUGAUAAUAUAAAAUUUGUUUAAUUUGUAUUUAUCGUUUACUAGAUUAAUCUUAUAUUUGUCAUUGCGAUUUUAGUAAUUUUAUUUGACUUACACUAUACUUAUAAAACCAAAGUAAAUAAUAAUAAUUGACAAUAACAAUAAGACAUUGUUAAUUAAUACCUACGUAUUUGUUAGAGAUAGUUUUGUCAUAUACUUAUUGAUAGGUCGUAUACGACCUCGUAGAUACUUAUAUUAUAUUUAAAACAUUCAUUAUAAAAGAAUUUAUAAAUUAAAAAAAUACAGGAAAUAGUGUAGGUAGCUAUAAAAUAAUAUUCAUGGAUUUGGACAUAGUAUAAUAUUAUUUAUUUUUAAUAUAUUAUGCGGCACGUCUACAGGUAUUGGCCAAAUAAUUAUUAAUAGUUACACAAUCCAAUCAUCCUUUAAAAAUAAUAUGCAUAGUAUUUCGUUUAUUCAUUGAAUAAAUUAAACAAGGUCAGUAUUUCUUUAAACGAUUUAACUUAUUCUAAUAAAAAAAUCUCGUGAUCACAUGUUGUUUAUUUUACAUUCAAAUUAUUUGUUGAUUAUGAGUGUAUGGUAAUAAUGUAUGGCAGUAUGACUGAACGAGUCGUAAAUUUCUCUUUAAUUUCUGAAAAAAUUGUGAUUAAGUACUAAGAAAUAAUAAAUUAUUUAAUAACUACUUAAUGAAAUCGAAAUAUAAUAUACAAAAAAUAUUAUAUAGUGUGUUGCGAUGCGUGUAUAUUCUAGUAAAUAUUAAUUUUUUAUAUUAUAUGAACUUUUUUGUUUUUUAAUAGGAUAUUAAAUAUUCAUAAUUUAUAAGUCAAAGUCACAUUAAAUAUAUUUUUCAACCAGUUUCAGUUAAAACUCAAAAUUUAAUAUUUAUUAUUUUUCAAAAAUUGACCCGAACGCAGUAAGAAUUGUAUUUAUUCGUAUUCUCAUAUUAAUAAUAUACGACCAUAUAACUAUAAAACCAUAUAAUUAUCUACUAAUGGUUAUACUAUUAUAAAACUAUUAAUCUACUAAUAGUUUAUUAUAAUAAAUGCAUCAAUAAUUAAUGUUCAUUUAAAAAGUAACUCAUUUAAUAUAAUGAAAAUCACAGGGUGUACAAAAGGCGCGACGGCUAAAGAAAUAUGUAUAGAGCGAUUAAAAAUUUAUGUUACAGCCAUUUUGUCAUGUAAAUAUUCAAAUUUAAGAAAAAUAUAUGAUACCAAAGUUUUUCGAUUUAUAAACAUCUAAAAUAAUAUGCACAUUUUUUUUUUGUUUUACUGUUUUUGGGGGGUAGUUUUAGGGGUCAAAUUUUGAAAUUCAAAUAGGAAACUACAUUCAAAGUUCCAUAAAUAUACUGAUAAAUACAUUUUAAUGUUGAGAUUUUUGAUUUCUGUCAGUCCGUUUACGAAAUAUUUCACAUUUAAGUUUAAAUAGAGGGAGAAUAGUGGAACACAAUUCAAACGCCAUGCACCGUGUCGUACCACCACACAAGCGCAUAGUGCAAUUUCAAAAAUUGACACUGAUAACUCCACCAAAAAAGAAAAUGAAAAAAAAAAAUGUAUAAAUUAUUCUGUCUACAAUACUAUCUGCGUUGUCUAUAAUACAAAUAUUAAAUAUAAUGAAAUGUUGCCAAACAUCAUAAAAUUAUCUGUGAUGACAAAUUAAAUAUAGGUACAUCUGGUACAAUAAGAAAUUUACCAACGAAAACACAAGGUAGUCGAAAGUUAGGUAAUGAUCCCGACUUUACUCCUCUAUUCCUCUUAAAACUUUAAACGCUUAUAAAUAUAAUUAAAUCAUGACUACGGAUUUUUAAUAUUUUUAUAUUGUCAUAAGAAGAAUUUUUGAGAAGCUAAACAAAUUUUAUCCACGUAAAGCCAAAUUGAAACUAAAUAACUCAGACAAUUUUAAAUACCUAUGAAUAAUUCAAAAAACGCAAGAUUAUUUUCUAGAAUGUAUUCGACGAAAUUGUCAGGUCUCUAGGAUUCCUUUUUUUUCCCGCUAAACAAUACAAAAAUGAAAUAAAAUAAAGAUUAUAUCACCAACGAAAAAGGUCGUAUUUCGAUUUUCAUCUAGUCCAGCAUUAUCUACCACGAAAAAUAUCGUAACUCUCAAGGGGGGGGGGGGACUAGGGACCCAGACAUAUUGUUUCUCUGAUUUUUUUUUUUUUUAUAAUUCUAUAGAUCCAAAAAUUACUAUAUUCCAAUCACUGAUAUGUAUGAUAAAAUAAUAUACAUAAUGUAUUACAUUAUAUUUUAAUUGUAUAAGUGUUAUAAAAAAAUUGUUGCCUCCCCCCCCAGAUUAUUGCUCUAGAUCCGUACCUGAAGUGGGAGCACAUGAGUUGCGUCCCGUAAAAAAUGUAUACAGAACUGCGUCCAAAAAAAUCCCAGAUGCAAUUCGUGUAUUUUAAUCAGGGGUUCUUAAACUAAAAUAAUUAAAUAUAAUCAUGAGCAGAGGCAGUCCAGAUGUACAUUAUGAGGAGCAAUCGCUCCCAGGCGCAAAAAGGAUAGGUGGGUGGUGGAUAGUGGAUAGAUGGGUAAUUCAGUAAUUUACAUUUUAUACUUAAUACCUAGUUUGAAUAAAAUGAGUCUUAUUGUAGUCAAUAAGUACCGAAAAUCACGGUUAUUCUGUGCAACGUUCAUACUACGAUCAAAUAGGAAAAUAUAGUUUGGAUACUGUAUAUCUUUACUCCUUUUUUGUUUUAUAUUUGUUAAUCUGUUAAAAGCUCAAUAUAGCAGGUCACCAAUCAGUCGACCUCCGGAGAUUUUUCGACAAAAUAGUUAAUAAUAUUGUAUUAGUUCACCAAUAUUGAGUUGGAUUGGAAAAAUAUGAUGUUAUUAUUCUAUGAAGGUCAUAAUGAGAUUGAUUUGGACCAAACCAUAAAUCGUAAGGAAAUAAGAUCACAAAGUUCUACUAAACAACUUAUGACACCUUAAAAUGUAAUUACUUUCUUUAAGAUGUAAAUAAUUUUUAAUUAUAAUAUUAACUUCAACCUGGUAUCUUCAAAUUAUCACUAUUCAUUUAUGUUUUUUGUUUCUCCUUUAUUGUGAUCCUGAUGUCUUGUGUUUUUAAUAUCUUACAGUUUUGAGACAUUAUCAAGGAAAUUGCAUUAAUAUUUUGGUUGGUAGUAAUAAGUCUGCUUCUUGCGUACUACAUCCUCGGGCCGCCACUGAUCACGAGUCAAUCAAAAAUUGGUUUACCAAAUAUAAUUAAAAAAAUAAAUAAAUAUUAAAUCACUUAAAUCUAAAAUCUGCUACCGGAAACGCCACUGCGGAGUCACUAGUUUCGUGAAACGUACUGUACUUAACAUAUCACAGGUUAGAUGGUACAGGUACUGUUGUGACCAUUUAGCAGGUCUUGCGCUAUAUCACAGAUUAAAUAAAAUUUUAUCUAACCUGUGAUAAUAUGGUUUUAUCAGCUAAAAAAAUUAAUUACUAAACUAAAACUUAAUGUGUAUCCUUGAACAAAGUUUGGAGAAAAGAAACGUAGCUUCAAUAGUUCCUGGUAGGAUCAGUUUAAAUGACUUAAUUAAAGUUUAACAGCAGAUAGAGCUGUUUGUUUCCCAUGUCGGUUAUUUAAUAAUUCACCCGGUAUUAAUGUUGAUCAUGCAGAAGUAAAUUAUUAUAAAGUUGGGGUCAAUAAUUGGAAAAAUACCACAAUCAACUUUAAAAAGCAUCAAUUAACCAAGACUCACUUAAAUGGUACUAACUUAUUAACAGAAUUUUUGCAAUCUAAGCCUAUUGACGUAAUUUUAGAAGAAAAUUUAGAUCAAAUUCGAUCACAAAAAUAAUUACAGAUUUAAAAAUAGACAAAUUAUGAAUCGUCUAAUAGACAAUCUAAUUCAAAAUGACUUAAUAUUAUCAGUAAGUGAUGUCAUUAAAAAUUCGCUUAAAGAAAAAAUAAGACAUAAAAAAGUAUCAAUUAUUGCUGAUGAGACGAGUGAUAUAGAUCAUCAUGAACAGCUCUCGGUUAUUAUACGAUAUUUUGAUAAUUUCAAGAACUAUCCAAGUGGCUUACAGUUCAUGAUAGGAAGGAUUUAUUUUCAAAUGUAUUCAAAGCCUUUAAUAUAUUUGUAACGAGCUGUUCAUGUGAAAGGACUUUUUACAAACUACGUUUUAUAAAAACCAAACUGAGGAGCACUAUGAAUCAAGAUCACCUGGACGGUUAACCAUCAGUAUCGAGCAAGAACGACAUGAUUUGAUGAUGUCAAUUGAGUCGUUUAAAGUAUUAAAAUCAUAUGAGAGAAGAAUGUAUUUAUAAACACUUUAUUUUUAUCAACAGUUUACAAUACUAUGUAUGUGUUUUUAAUUUAAUUUUAAAUGUAUCUUUAUUGUUUUACCGAUGGUUAUACUUUAUGGUCACAAUUAAAAAAUGUCAAUGCGAGUUUUUCAACAUAAAAAUAAAUGUUUCUUCAUGUGUAAAAAAGAAGAAAAGUAGGUCCUGGAAAACCGUCUUUUUUUGUUUCGACAGGUGACAGGCGAUAAUAAUAUUAUCAUUAUUGUAGAAAAAUCAAUACGUUUAUAAAAAUCUGCAUCGGUUCACCGGGCGGUAUUAUGACGAUGACAAUAUGAUGGCACAGUCUUAGAACGGGCAAGAAAUAAUAAUAACAAGAGUAACGACGUCGCGGUCACCGUGGGCCACGAACAAAUAAUUCACUCGUAAUUCACAAGCGCGACGCGCCUACGUAAUACGUUUUAUAACUCGUGACUGCGCGACACUCUCGCGGCCAUAAUGCAGUCGCAGCGGCCGCCGCGCCGCCGUCCCGCAUAGUAAAGUUACGAAUUACAGUGUACGAAGGCCGUCGGCUACGACCGAGCGAAAUUCGCAAGCCGACCGACAUUAUUAUUUUACGUAAAAAUAUAUUAUUAUUGUUAUUAUCGUUAUCAUCAUGAUCAUCAUUAUUAUUAUUAUUAUUAUUAUUAUUAUCAAUAUAUAUUAUUAUUGCACAGUAGCGCGUCGGUACACGCCAGUGGUGACCAACUACGGCCCGCGGCCCGAAUCAAGCCCGCGAUCAUUUAAUAAUCGGUGUUGAAUCAAAAUCCACAGAGUACCUACCGAAUAAAAAUUACGCAAAAUGUUUUGAAAAUUUGAUCACGUCUAGAAAAUGUAAAUAUAAGUAUUCCGUCAAAUUUCAGGUCUCUAAGAAUAUGUUUAACUGAAUUAAAACAAAUAACAAAACUAAAAAAAAUAACAAAAGCGUAAUUUUCGUAAAUUUCCCGUUUGUCUUACAUUUUUUCUCAAUUUUCCCUUUUAUUGGGAAAACUAUCGGGAAAAUCAAAAAUGACCACUUUGAAGUAUCACCCCAAGAAAAUUUUUUUUCAGAAAAGUGUCUACACCGUAUACAUCGGAGCAAGAUUUCUGGAAGAAUUUUUGUACACAGUAUAAAAAAUAAAACAAACAUCUUUGUAAAACCAAUACAUUCUUCGCUACACUCAGAAUCUAAAACAUCAAUGUAAACUUUUGUUUAAUUCUUAAUGAAUACAAUGAAAAAUUACGACUCGGAUCCCGGCAAAUAAAUUACACAAACCUCCGCUAUACAACCCUGUAUGUAUCACAAAAAAUACGGUAUUCUAAUAAUUUCCCCACGUGAGUUCGUACUAAUUGGAAUUACCCGUGUGUUAAAAAAAUAUAGUGGGUAGGUAGGUACGUAAUUAUUAUUUUUUUCAACCCGAAAAUCUGAAUGUUGAUUUAACCAGAUUAGUAAUUAGUUUAGGGCAAAGGACAUGAAGCUCUAAAACACCACGAAACAUUCAAGCACUUAUGCCUACCACCUAUACGAAAAUAUGCACUAAAAAUAGGUUCUACUCAUUUUUUCCAGCAAUUAAAUUACAAAUAUUAGUUAUUUGAAACAUCUGAAAUUAAAAAAAAAAAAAAAAAAAUUACCCACCUAAUUUAAUGAUAUUGACAUAUUAUUAUUUUGGUCAUACCAGCUAUGACCGAAUUAAUAAAGUUUUUAUGAAACUUUUAGUUUUAGUUUGUACUGAUUUAAUUCGGUAGACAUUAGUACAUUAGGUACAUUGAUUGAUUGAUGAAUGAAUUUAUUUUUUUUUUUUUUUUUUAUGAAAUCGUCAUAUUUUUUUUAAAUAGAUAGGCAUAUUUAGUUUGAAAUUGUCUUCUUCGGACGCUAAGUAAAAAAUCGCAUUUUAAAAUAAUUAAUUUUUGAUUAUAUGGUGGGGGGGGAUGAACGGCGCAUUAUUGAAAACACGAUUGGAAAUAACGUUGUGAACACACGAGCCCAAAAAAAUUGGUUUCAUUCCGAAUAGCGCCCGCGGAAUACAACAAACAGUCCAACGCCGGGUGCGCCUACGUGGGGCAAAAUCGAUUUCGGAAUCUGCACAGACACGAUGCGACGUGGGAACCCGGCGACAAUAACGGCAUAAUUAUUAGUGCAACGCGGUCCCGCGUUACCGAUGAUCAUCAACACGUGCGUAUAUUAUAAUCGUGCGUGCGUAGGAACGGGGCACAUAAGAAUCGCCCGAACACAUUACGCUAUCGGCUAUCUACCACGUCGUCAUUUAAAUACGCGCAGGGUAAUAAUCGCCCGUUACAGCCCGCGACUAUACCCCCCCUCUACCCCCGCCGCCGAGCGGUUCUCCCGUGAAAACGAAAUCGCGUUACCGCGAAACGGUCCUGGCCGACUGUAAAACGGAAAACGAUUAUAUUGCGCAUCGUGGGGGGCGACUGAACACAAAAUAAUUAAUAUUGUUAUUUGCUUUUGUGCCGCUGCGCCAAAAAUGCGGUCUAUUAAACUAUUGAUAAUUAGUUUCGUAACGGGCAUGACGGGUGCUCGCAAUUUGUAAUUAUUAUUGGGUAAAAUUAUUAGGUAGGUACACGGCCGAAUUAACUAGUUGAUUAAACCACCGACUUGAAUAAUUAUAAUAUCAAUUAAAAUAAACAAGAUCGUACUAUAAAAAGUGAUAUAAAACGAUGGAUUUACCUAUGCGUUUUUAAUAUUCAAUGAUGUUAAAAUAUCUUUCGUUAAUUAUUAUCAAACGCGUAGACGUAUAACUUGCAAUAUUUACAUAACAUUUUAAAUUACAAUUUAAUAGAAUUAUAAAAAGCAUGUAACUAUAGCACGCAAAAUUAAAUUAUCAUAAUUGAAACUCUUCGUUGAAAAUGUACGUUAUAAAUUGUAAUUCUGAUUUUAAUCAACAAAAUAUAACGCACUUUUUUUUCCACAAAUGUUGGUACAAAGCUACGCGUGAAACAAAUUACAUACCUACCUAUUAGCCAUCCAACUAAAUUAAAAAAGACAUACUUCGCACGUAGGUGGGCCACUUUUGUGGGUGAGAAAUUGUGAGGAUAGAGGGGAAAUUUAAUGUACGAGUAUAUUAUCUGUACGCGACAAUUAACCGUUGAUAACGAAAUACUAUUCUGAGCGGAGUUCGGAGCUCAAUUAUAGUGUUACUUUGUCAACAAUAUAUAUAUGUCAUAUAAUGGUAAAAUAAUUACAUAUGUAAUGUAUAUUUUCUUUUAUAAUAUUUGAUUAAUAUUGUACGUUUUUUCCCGGUUUUCCCAUUUCCCCCCCCCCCCCAUUUAUUGUAAAAACACCUGAAAAAAUCAAAAAAUGACUUUCCUAAAGUACCGCCCCAGUCAGGUUUAUUUUCAGAAAAAGUACAAUAGUAUAAUUUAAAAUCGGAGCGAAACUGCUGGUAGAAAAGUUGUUUAUAAGAAAAAAAAUUUUAAAAAUUUAACACCAUUGUAAUACCAAUAUAUUCCUCGCUCUGCUCAGAAUCUAAAAAAAUGUAAAUUCAAGUUCAAUUGUAUAAUAGGUAUACACAGGACCGUACCUAGGGGAUAUGAGAGAUGGUGUCCACGCACCGGACGAUAUGAUCACAAGGGUGCCAAUGAAAAUUUUUAAAGUUCUGUAGUUUAUUAUAUUUACAAUAAACGUAUGAGUGAACGUCCAAUAGACAAGUUUAGCUUUUAUUUUUAUUUUUAUUUUUUUGUUCACCGGUAAAUUUAUGCGGUACCCUGUACAGAUUUUGAUAACCACGGUACUAGGUAUACACAACACACAUUUAGUUAGAUAUUUUUAAAUGUUUAAAUUAAUUGUAAUAGGUUUUUUUUUAGACGUUCUUUGUUAUAUCUUAUUUGUAUGACUUCAAAUUACGUUCCAUUUUAUGACACAUUACAAUUUGUCUAUAUUACAAAAAAUAUCAAAUAGGUACUUAUACGAUAUUAUGUAAUAAAUAUUAUAAUAAUCAUUGAUAACUAUCAAUAGCACGUAUAUUAUUUUAUAAACUUUGGAUAGAAAAAUGUAAGACUACAAUUAACGAAUGAACUAAUAAACGAUACGUAUGACAGGUGUAAAUACCUAACAGCAUUUGAACACACCCAUUUGUUCUUAAAUUCAUAACUCACAGCUAGCAUAUUGCCUAUACAGUUUUAUUAGAUCAUUUUUCAUUUUAAUUAUACCAUUUCGUUUAAUUUUACUGACCUACGAGUUUUUUUUAACUCCAUUAUGCGUGCUAAAUUAAUUACUAUUUAACACAAUAAAACACAAAUUCUUUACACAACUUAAUCCAUUUAACAACUUUAAAUUAUUUAAAAGUUAAAAACAAAAAUUAGACAACUGCACCUAACAUGUAAGUAUUUUUUUCGAGUCCAAGUGAAAAACUAUAAUUUAUAAUCUAUGACGAAUUACCAGAAAAUGACCAACUGCAAAACAAUCGAUAGUUUGAUUUGAUUUAACAAUAACAAAGAAUAAUAAUAUUUUGUUUUUCUCUUAAAGGUUCUGCUCGUGACUUCUUACAAAUUGUUAAGGACACAGUGCUAGGGUACUAUCUUUCUUGCGUCAGUAUUUCAUUGGAAUAGCUUUGAUAGGUAAGUUUAAAAUUUAUCAUUUUCUGCUAAAAUAUACUUUACCACGCUCCCUCACGAAUUUCAAAGUUUUUAUUUUUGAAAAUGUUUGAUUUUUUGCGAGGUCCACUAUUAAAAAAAUUGCCAAUAAAUAGCCAAAAAACUUCUGCAUUAUGACUUUUAAAACAGCCUUAUUUUCGUUGUAAAGUCACGAAUAGAGUUGGCCGAAGGCCCGGUCUCGCGUAUAUUUCUUAGUUUAUUCUUAGAACACUAUCCUCCUUGCAGCAGUAUCAGGUUGAAAAUGCUAGGGUAGAUAAGUUAGCGAUUUAACGUUUGUCCUUUGUAAUCUUUGUAUGGUUUGGCUCACAGUGCACAUGUGUACCGUUCGCUUUACCGAAUGCGAAACCAUUUUUAGUUUUUCGUCCCGGUUUUUACCCAACAAUGUUUUGCCGUGGUGUUAUUAGUUUUCUAUAAUGCCGUUAAUGAGUUAGAUUAACUACUUUAUAAAUAUCAUAGUAAUGUAAGUGUAUAAUUGAAAUUUUUUAGUGGAAAUGGUAUAAUUGAUGGUUCAAAAUAUAUUCUUCCUUACCCACCAAUGACCGGCCAUUUUUAUUCGUCCGAUAAAUGAUCCAUUUCUGAAUAAUUUUAAUUUACAGAAGUCAGUUAUGUGACCAUUAUAAUGUUAGAUAUAUUUAUUUUAAGCACUGAGGUAUUGAUUUUUUUUAAAUUACCUUUAUUUGUAUUUAUUUUUUUUUCUUUGCUCAUACAGGCCUCAAACUUUAAAUAAUAUACUUUAAUUGUAUUCUUACAUUAAUAUAUAAACUAUUUAGUUAUGUAUUCUGUAUUAAUAUUUUAAGAUGACACCUUCACUAAAAAGAUGAUAGCUACGCCACUUGUCAGUCAAAUUUUAAAUUGAUAUGAAUACCUGUAUAAUAUAUAUUAUAGGCACUGUUCAAAAAAACACCUAUAAUAAUGAUAAAUGAUAUUAGGAUAAUACAUGUCUAUACGACUAAUUAAUUAAAAAUGUCGACCAGUAUUCACUAUUCACAUACAUUUAUACAUCUUGUCCCUUUAAACGAAAUUAAUAUUGUUAAUCCUCCUCGCUAGUUGUAUAUAUAUACAUAUUAUGACGACCCUUGACGAGGGAAAUCCAUUUUACCCAAUCUCUUUUCGAGUAUCAUUAUCCCUUUGGGUGUGUAAGGGUAGAUACCCUAUUAGCACACAACUUCUGUGUAUUUUUCUCUUAAUGAAACAUAACAUACACAAGUAUUACAGCCAGUCAAGUAUAGAGGAAGUGUUAUUUGUCUAUGGAGAUUAUUAACUUGCAGCGAAUUCUGAUGGAAGCGUUUGUUCAUAUUUUUAAGUUCUAAAUAUUAGUUAGAUGAUUAGAGAAAAAUUAAUUCACUAAACUGAAAUAUCUACUUUCCUAUGUAAUGAGUAUAAAACCAAAAGUCACCAAAUUGUAUUAUAACUUCUAUGUGUAGUACCUAUCUACAUUUUUUUUAAUCGGCGAAUGUAUAGUUUCUAUAAAUUUUAAUGUAUUUAAACUGUAUUUAUUCGAGUUCUAGUUAAUUUAAUGGAUACAUUCUCUUUUUUAUCUACAGUAGUAAUCAUCAUUACAAUUAUUAUUAUUUUUCAUACAUUAUUUAUGUCAUACAGGUGUUCUAGAGUGUUAUCCGAAUGCUAAUAACUCUGUCAGCCUAAUCGAGUUUUAUGCUAAGAGGACACAAAUGUAGAGCAAAAUUAAUUUUUAUUUUCAUUUCUUAAUGGCUUAAUCACUGGAAAGAAACAGCUUUUUUUUAUACUUUCACUUUUUAAAAUUUUCAAAAUAUUAAUUUUCUAAGAUAUAUUAUUUUGAACAUUUCAAUAUAUCAUGCAUUCAUAUCCGAUUAAUAGUUUCUUAGUUAUAGCGGUUUUAAUGUAUAGAAAAUAGGCGUCAAAACAAUAAAUUAAUAUUCAAUAGAAUAUAAGGAAUUACCAUGCUGAUUGUGAUUCCUAAUCGUGUAUCGUGUUACUCUAUUUAAAAUUAAUUGAUUUCACAACAAUUUUCUAGAAAUUAAAAUGGCUAUUAUUAAGAAACUAUUAUUUAUUUAUUGAAUAUGUAAGUAUGGUACGUUAAAAUGUUUAGAAUGAUAUAUUUUACGAAUUGACUAUUUUUGAAAAUAUAAAAAAUUAAAAAAUAAAGUCAUUCUUUUCAAUGAUUAAGGGAUUAAAAUAUAAUUUUUCUCUACAUUUGUGUACUUACACAAAACCCGAUUGAAAAUUUAUUUUAUUUUUAAAUGAAUAUUGAGAAAGUUAUUAGCAUUUGAAUAACACUAUAGGAUACCCUGUUUAUAGAUAGUAUAUACUUAUACCUAUUCUAUUCUAUUAAAUAUCCUUUAAACCUAAGGUUUCAGAGUUCCUGUUAAAACAUGUUUUUAUGGAUGUAUGCACAUAUUGUACAACACAACUACAAGAAUAAGAUACAUAGUCGUACAAAGAAUCUAAAUUUUAAAGUUUUUUCCGUAUAUAUUAAAUGCAUAUAUAUUGAUGUUAAUUUGUACUUAUUUCACAACAAAUUUGGCAUACAUAUUACUUAAAACCUUGGGAAGGUUUAUAUAAGAUGACCCAUCAUUCACAAAUUGAUUUCGUUUCGGUUCACGAAAAUCGCGUAUAUUUUUAUUUAUAUUUUGGGGUUAUUGCCAUUGGUUACGGACAAUAAAAUAGUUGUGAUAAAAUAUAAGCUAUUCUAUAUAGUAUAAAAUGUGAAAUUCAAUGUUCUUGGUAACGGCAAAUCUCAGAAAUAACUUGACCAUUUAACACGGACAAAGCUGAGCGAAAUUAUUAUAUUCACGGUUAAAAAUAUGCAUUUUUAAACUUUUACGAGCAACAAAUGUUAAUUGCAAGGACAUAGGUGUAAACUAGAAAUCACCGUAAAACACGUUUUUAUUUUUAUUUUUUUCACAUACAUUCAGAACUGAUACGGAUAAAGCCGUACAAACAUCCAGUACAAAAAUAUAAUUAACAAAUUCGUAAUUCAAAUCAUACUAAUUAAAAUAACGAAAAGACGUCACAGGAUAUUGGAGACGGGUGCAGCCACUGUUAUAGAUAAUUUAAUGUACAUAAGUAAAAAACGAUAAACCAUUGCUAACGAAAAAACGAUUCUGAACGCAGUUCAGUUGACAGCGAUGCUUUGUCGACAAAUAAUAUAUAUAUCAUAUUAUGGUAAAACAAUUAAAUAGGCAUUAUAUAAUUUUUUUUAUAAUAUUUAUUUAAUAUUGUAUCGAUUUUCACAUUUUUCCCGGAUUUCCCAUGUUUUUUCCCGGGUUAUAACAUUUGCUAAGAAAACUCUUGGAAAAAUCGAAAAAUGAGCUCUUAAAGGACCUUCUCAGUCAGAUUUACUUUCAGAAAAAGUGCUAUCAUUGUAAAUCGGAGCAAAAUUUCUGAUAGAAAAGUUGUACACAGAAAAAAAAAAGGCCAUAAUAUUUUUUUUCUAAUACCUACAUUUUAUACAUUUUCCAUUUUUCCGACAUUUUAUCCCAGUUUUAUCCAGUUAUUAUGAAAACCGAUUGAAAAAUCACAAAAAUGACCUCCCUAAACCAUGGAGAUAAAAUUUCCGUUUAGAAAAUAAGUUACAUUUGGUACAUGAAAACAAGAUUUCUGUAGAAAAGUUUGCACAAAAAAUCGAGAGGUAUUUUUCGAUUGAAAUCGUCCGAGCGAACGAUAGCUAGGUCUCUAGGUACACUUAAAAUGCAUUUGUUUUUUCCCUAUUUAGGUAAAAGAAAAAAAAAAGUGCAAACAAUUUCUUUUCAAAACCUGGGUUUUAACUUGCGACCCUUAGUAUGAUUACGUACUCAUGAUCAUUCGACUAUAACAAACUUAGAAUAAAACAGACAAUAUAGAAUUAUUUAUCACAAACAUGUAAUAACUAUAAUUUCGAAACUUAAUCCACUCAAUUCUAACUUCACCAUCCUUCUUAAAUCGGCAAUACACAAAUGUUCGAAAAAAAAUUUUAAAAUUAGAUUUUUUUCACAUAGUUUUUUACUCAAACAAUUUUCGUCAAAAUUUAAUAUCAAAAUUUCUUUCCACAAAGUAAGACACAAUGAACCUUCUGUUAAAUUUUUAAGCAUUUCUGUAAAGCUUAACAAUUUUUUACAGAAUAGCUACCGAAUAAAAUUUACAUACAAAACUCGCAAAAUUUAAAUGUCUAUAAAUAGCUCAAAAAUGGCUUAAUUUUUUUUUUUUUUUUACCGCAUAUAAAAAAGGCAAGUAUAAGUUUUUCGUCUAAAUUUCAAGUCUUCACGAAUAUGUUUAACUAAAAAACAAUAAAUAACAAAAUUAAUAAUAAUAUGUAUUAAUAAUAAAAGCAUUAAUUUCGUACAUUUCCCGUUUUCCUUACGUUUUAUCCUGGUUUUUCCCAGAUAUUAUGAAAACCGCUUGGAAAAUUACUUUUUUUUAAAUACCGUCUAGACAACUUGAGCUUGCAGAAAAUUUGCUACACGUAUAAAUUUGAGCAAGUUUACUAGGAAAAACGUGUCCAUAGACUAGAAGAGAGAAAAAAAAACAUCUUAGUAAACCAAGACAUUCUUCGUUCUAUUCAGAAUCUAAAAUCAUUUUGAAAAUAAAUAAUAAUAAGUAAAAACGCAUAUUCUACCUGAUGAACAUAAAGCUACAGAAAAAAUCCUGGUGUUAUAGAAUCUGUAGUUUGUAAUUUAGGUCUACCUCAUAUAUACCUAUGAUCUAUAUGUAUACAGAUAUGCAUUUCAUUUCAUGUUUAUUAUUUUAAAACAUCGUUUUUUAUUCUCUCUCUUUUAGUUAAAAUAUUAAAUCAAUAUUUUUAACCCGAGCCACUUCUAUUAUAGUGCAGAUGUGGCAUAACAUAUAUAUAUAUAUAUAUAACUGAAAAUUUACGAACACUUAUUAAUAAAACAUAAUAUUAAAAUAUUGUUACUAUUUUACUUCAUAAUCUAUAGAUACUUUUGAAAGAAUUUUAUCAAACAAUUUCAACCGAACCAAAAAAAAAUCAUAAAUCGAAAAAUAGAAAAGCAUUUUAAUAGUUUUGACAAAUUUAAGUAAAAACUGAAUAACAACCAAAACCAUAUGUGUAUAAAUUAAUCAAAAGUCAAUAAUUUGAAUACAAAAUAAAACUACUAACUACUAACUAAUUGUUUCUACAAUUUAGACUUAUUAGGUAUUCGGUAAUACAUAACAUUUAAAUUAUAAACAAACUCAAAAUACAAUUUGUUCAAAUAUUCGAGUAACAUCUAACCGAUACAAAAUUCGUACACCUACCUAGGUACCCAGUCAUUAUAAUAAGUUGGUAUCUUAAGACUUGAGUUAUCUGAAGUUAUAUACUUGUAUAAAACGUUCAACAAUCUGUUGUAUAUAAUAUAUAAGUAUAAUACCUAAAAAAAAAAUAUCGAUAUUGAACAUACAUACACAUCGAUACACUUUUAUAUUUGUCAUAUCGCAAAAUUAAUAACAAUAUUUCAAAGUCUAUAAUAUGAAAGUGAUUUUCCAUUAGACAAAUAAAAAUAGUUAACCUAACAAUAACUAAUAUAGAUAACCUAGCUUUGUUACAUCGGUUUGAAUUCUAAAUUAUUAUAAUUUUAUAUUUUGUGCGGAGCGAGUAUAAUAGGUAAUUUUUUAAUUUUCCCAUGGGUUUUCAUUUUAAAUGGGAAAAAACGGGAAAAUGUACGAAAUGUAUUAUUUUAAAAUCGUAUUAGUAUUUUUCGUUUUUAUAAGAGUUUUAAUAACAAAUUUUGACGAAACUCGUAAAUAUUACGGCCUUUUAAAACAUGUAUAUCCGAACUCGGCCAAGAAUCGUUUUUCGUUGGCAAAGAUUAAUCGUUGCGUACAGAUAUGCACUAAAUUUCGCUCUAUAUCCUAUCUUCCCAACUUCUCACCUACGACAGUAGGCCUACCUAUCGUGCGAAGUACAUCCGUGUCUUUUUUUUUUUUUUUUUAAGUGAUACUAUAUUUAUUUCAUUUUAUUUUAUAACAGUACAGACCGAGGCCCAAUAAACAUCAAGUGAUUUAUAUAAAUAUGAUAAUACAAAACAAAAUUGUACAGCUAUUUAGUUAUUAACAAUAAUAAUAACAGUAAUACAAAUAUUAAAUAAAUAAAUAAAAAAUUAUAUGUAAAAUAUAUUAAUAAAUAAACUCCAUAAUAAACUCUGACAACCACUAUCAAUACGUUUUACAAAAAAUAUGUAUACAAAUUCUCGCGGACUACCACAUGACAUUUCACAGACUAACGGUAAUCCACGGACGAUAGGAUGGGAAACACUGCUUUGAAACAUUGAGGCCAACUGAGCGUCAAAUAUGGAGCUUUGAAAUUGUGUAAAAUACGUAUAAUAUUAUAUAUAUAUCUAAAUAAUAUGUACGAUAAUAUAAAUAAUUUACUUAAAAUAUUAUUUACCCUGUCCUGAGGGUUUAGUACCGCUUUUGAGUAUCUCCCAGAAUGGUUAAACAAACGUAUUCAUAUUACAUACCUAUAUAAGUAUAACAUCAUUAUAAAACUAAAGGACUUUCAAAUUGAGCUUAAACUCUAAAAUAUAAGUUGCUAUAUUGUAAUCCGCAGAACCGAAAAAUACCUAAGUAAACAAAUAUACCAACGUAUCAAAUUUACAAUAAAUGUACAAAAUAUUAAUAAUUGAUACUUUUUAAGGUAUUUAUUUAUUUAUUCAUGAGGAAUAGUAUGACUAUUAUACGAAUUAUUUUAUAAUUCGAAUUUCUUAAUAAUACAAUUUACUUUAGCUUUAACGAAAUACGUCGUGUUAUUUUACUCAUCAUAGUUGAUUUUAUUUAAAACUGUAGUUUAAAAUUUCAAAUCUAUGUCAAACACAAUUAACGUGAAGCGCUUUUUUGUGUCCCAACACGAGUACGUAAUGCGUAUUAAAAGAAACUCACGAUUAAUAAAUUAUACCCGCACACAGUCGAUAGUCAACGCAAACAAAUUAUUUUAUUUGUUGAUUAUUUUUAUUGUUUUAUAAUAACUCCUACUAAUGAGUUGAAUUUGACUACUACACAAAGUAGGUAUAAAUAAACAUUUCUGCAAAUAUGUACAUAAUUAAAAUUUGACUAAAAUCAACAUUUUUAUAAUGUCACAUGAACGCAUAUCAAUUUUGUAAGCAUAUUUUAAAGCCAAACAAAUUUUAUCUAUACAUAAAACCAAACAAAAAUACACAAUUUACAAUCUACAAAAUCCUACACAAAAAUUUCAAAUAAUUACAUAAAUAUCUCAAAAAUCAGCAGAUUGAAAAUUGUGCCACGUCUAAAAAGUGCUAAUAUAAGUUUUCGGUGCAAAUUUUGGAUUUCUAUGAUUAUUUUUAACUAACUUACAACAAAAAAAUACAAACAUACUUCGCACGAUGGGUGAGCCACUGUUGUAGAUGAGAAAUUGGGAAGGUAGGACAUAGAAGGGAAUUUUAUGUAUAAAUAUACAUUAAAUUCCCCUCUAUAUACAACGAUAAAUUAUUGCUAAUGAAAAACGAUUCUGAGCGAAGUUUGGUUACAUAUGUCUUAAAAGGCAGUAAUAUUUACGAUUUUUGCCAAAAUUUGAUAUUAAAAUUCUUAUAAAAAAAAUUUAAAAAAAACUAAAUUAAACUCAACUUUUAGUUGUCAGCCAAUAAGUACAACUUAAUGAAUCUAGUAAACAUCUUGUUAAAUGUUCAAGUACUUCUGGUUUAUCUAACAAUUUUAUCCACAGAAUACCUACCGAAUAAAAAUUACGUAAAAACUAGCAAAAUUGAAAUGUCCUUAAAUAGUUCAAAAACUUGAAAAUUUUACCUCGUUUAGAGUAGUCAAAUAUAAAUUUUCUGUCCAAAUUUCAAAUCUCUACGAAUAUUUUUAACUAAAUCACAAAAAAAAAACAAAAUUGUUUUCGUUAAAUUUCCCCGUUUUUCCUACGUGAUUUUACGGGUUUUCCCUAAAAUAAUCAUAUCACAUGAAGUAUAACACGAGUUUUAGUAGUUGGAAUAAUAUUUCCAGACGCAAUCGAAAUUCAUGAUUUUUCGUUUGGGACGAAAUCGGUUGCAUAUCUGCUAAAACCGGACGCAAUUGAAACUCGAGAAGGGUUAAAAAGAUCAAAACGGGACGCAAUCGGAUGACGACCAAUCAAUCAUAUAUACUACAUUGUUUGAACCAUGCAAAUUCGUAAUCCAUCACACGGUGAGGGGUGGAGCAGUGAAUUCGGAGAUCUGAUUCCCCUCGCCUUUUUUUAUUUUUACGUAAUGUACACAAUUUUAGAGAUGUAAAUUUAAAAAAAAAAUUUUCAUCAGAAGGAAAUUGUCGCUACCUCAUAACACUUCAUCUUAGUGCUAAAGUUUUUUGCACGCCGCUGGAACCGUGGUAGAAAUAAUUAUUUCUACCGUGCAUUUUCAAAGGGUAUCAACCUCAAGCGCGCGCCACUUGUAUAAGAAUAAUGUGUCUUAUAAGCACUUGCGAAAUACAACGCGACCGAACGAAAUAAUACAAUAAAGAGGCCGGUUAUCAUAAUCGCCUGUAACAAAAUUCGACACAAAUACUUAUGAUCACGCGUAUACUGUAUUGCAUUGAGACCCGCAUCAACUGUCUUAGUUCAACUACAAGAUGACCAUACGAAAACAAUGCUUGUAAAACUAGUUUAUUUUUGAUUUUAGAGUAAAAGUACUUGUCAUGAAAUGUAUAGAGAACAAUAUUUUGGUAAGAAUGUCAUAGGUAUUUUUUUGAAUUAUGGACAAUUAAAAAAGUUACAGUCAUUUAAAAAACAAAAAAAGUUUUUUCGGUUUUUUAUAUCGAGCUGUAUAUUUUGAAUAAUACAAAACCCAUAUGACAUUCCGUCGAAAAUAUUGUUCUCUAUAAAUGUCAUAAUAGGCACUUUUACUCUAAAAUCGUCCUCGAUUAUUAUUAUAAUAUAGCCAGUAUGUAUAAACAUCUCGGCAACCACGCGUCACGCGGAUUAAAAUAAUAUUAUUAGUCAUUAUCGCAUUAGGAGGAUAUCGCGCGCAUUAAUGUGUGUCACAGAUUGCAGUAAUGACUUUAAAAUAAUAGACAUUUAUUGGACAAUAAUAUAGCGUAUAAUUCGCGCUCCAAAAUCUCCGAGGCGAAUGAUCAAUAAAAUUAAUAAUAAUAUAUUACUAUACAAAUUAUUAUUAUUGUUAUUAAAAUGCGUGCUGCUGCGGUUCGGACAUAACAUUUUGAAUUUACUAAUGAAAACCUUUAAUACGGAUGCGAUCAUUCCCGUUACGCCGCGCAGCGGUAGGUAUAGGUGUACCUAUGUACCUACCAAAACGGUUAACCGAUAAUACCGUUAAUGGCAGCGUUUUGGCGCUGUAAACAGUUUAGCGAUAAAAGUCAACAGUCACACACUUACUCCGGUUAGUUGGUCGACACUAGACCGGUCACUGAAUCGCCAAAACACAAUACACGCAAUAUUAAUAAUGACUGGUAACCUGCUAUUCUUCUAAUUACCACGGUCGAUACAAUAGAAUCUAUAAUUAUGAUGUUAACAAUAAUAGCGUGGUCAUUUUGAUACCUAUAAAUUAUGUCAUCUGAAAAGUGUGAUUACGUACCGGCGUUCAGUAAUUCGGAACGAGCCGUCCGCCCGAAAGUCAAUGGCGAAGAACAAAAUAGGGAUGGUAGAGUGCGGGUUACAUAAUCGCAUCCGAGUUAGAUAAGGAACACUGCCGUAUCGACCAAGAAUUCACAACUCGCUUGAUUUUCUCCAACAAGCUUGCCCGGAACUUUGACAACGGAAUUGUGUCGGAAUACCUACGUUAAUCAACGAAAUUAAGAGUAAUUUUCCAUUUGUAACUACAACUGUCAAUAUUAGUACGUUGUAAUACAAACACUACGGACAACAAUAUACGCGCGCCGCGUAUUUGAUUUAAUUAAAAACGGUUAUUAUUCAUCUGUACGACGCACGUGUUCAUCUUGGAGUCCAAACAGUAACCGAACACCGUCGAACCCUCUCGCGGUAUACCAUACUAUUAUUGUUACCUAGUGCGAGCUUUUAAUAAACGCCGUUUAUCGCCAAGAACAAAUCGGGAUCGGCGAGAAACCGCGGGCGCCGGUCGUUAGUGUUGUUUAUACGGCGCACACAACAAUUCUUCCGCGUGUUGGAUACAGGUGUUUAUGAGUACGAAUGCAUAUUAAAAUUAACAAUAAUAUUAUUUUAUAACGCUAUUACUGAAAAUGUGUACGUUCGUGUCGAUGAAACGAUGCAUUUAGAAAAGAAAAAAAAACCGUAUGUUUUUUAAUGAUAACAAUAUUGCUGUCCGAAAGACGGUUUUCGUCGGCCGUGCUCAAUUACUAUAAUAAUUGUUCUAUUCGUUUAGAUCCGGUUUAAAACUUCCAACAAGUAUUGGUGCGCAACACCGCUGAUAUAGUUUUUUUUGUUUCUCGUCGUCAUAAAUCAAUACACUGUGAGAAAAUACCGAUGUUUCCUUUCGUUGCGUAUUACGCAUCUAAGUAGACAUUUCUGACAUUGGCCGACUAGCUACUUUGACCGUAACCGUCGUCAUAUAUUAUGACCACUGGAGAAUAGGCAAUAUUCCUGUUGUUAUUUGUUUGUGUCCAUAAGAUAAAUCUACCCCCCCCCCCACAAGUCACGGCGAUCUAAUCAAUGUCCGAUAGUAUUUAACGACUUUGUUUACACGUCGGUCCGGUCAGAGAUAUCCACAGACAAUAGGAAUAUGGAUAGGAUAUCCUUAUCGGUGUUCUAAGAGAGACGGGUACAGACGGGUACGGUUAUUCCGAGACUCGAUUCAAAAGUGCGGCAUUUUAUCCAUGGUGAUGAAUCGUCUCGGUUUUCCGGGAACAUCGCCUGGCCCACGAUUUUGUGAUAGAAACGUCCUAUCCAUUUCUUCAUUAUCUUAAUCAUUAAGGCUUACAAUAUAAUAUGUAUCCAAUAGGUGUCAAUGGGUAUUAUAGGAAUCUAUUACGAUUUUGUUUUUCAAACCUAUUAGUGGCUUAUCAAAACGGUUUCUACGGUCGAAUGUACACGGGGACUAUUAGAAACCGCUACUAAACGGUUAUGCUCAACGUGCGAAAUUGAGGAGAAUAAUUCGGCGCCUAAAUGAAAUGAAAUGUUUUCCGACGGGCGCCCUCGGAAAACGGGCGACACGUAAGCAGACUAUCGGUGGUAGUGUAGUAGCAGUUGUCACAGUUCCAAUUGAAAUACUGAUAAACACACGUGUCGGCUGCUGUGCGAGAUGCGCGCGCACACUGUAAGGUUAUGUCUGGAGCACCGUAAUUAAAAUACCGAGGACCUACGUACGUAGGUACGAGUGUAUGACGUCUUGUGAGUGCGGUUUAUGUGCGGUGAACUGGAUAAUGGAUGUAAAUUCGAUGUCGAUCCAAUAGUGUACACGACGUACAAUAUAUGUAUUGUGUAUUAAGUAAUUAUCAUUAUUAUUAUUAUUAUUAUUAUUAUUUUUUUUUUUUUUUUCAAUACCUAUAGGUAUCUAUAUCUGUACAAUAUAUUAUUAUAUUUAUUAGCAUACGUAUUAUAUACAUACAUAUUAUUAAUUUUUAUCUUAUCUGUCACAAUAUACGUCAACAUUGUUGGAGUAUAAUUUAUAUUGUAAUCGACUCGUCGCUGUGUAUAUGUGCGUGUCCCCCUCCGGUAAAUCGUUUUGCACGAUUAAAGAAAAAAAAAAAGUAGAAACAAAUUAAAAAAAUGUAAACCAUUAUUCGAUGUACCAAGAAUCAAGUAGUGGAUACCUAACACUAGUAACUAAACAGUGUCGAACUGAACACUCAUAUACAUAUGCAUUUUUAUGGUUUCGAUUUUUUAUUUUUUUUAUUUUUUUUUUUUUAUUGAAUUAUUAUAAACACCAGAUAAUUAGAGAAUAACACCAUGACCGAUUACCAUCUAGUGGUGAGAAUGACGCCCCGGAGCGAUUUACUAAUUGAUUUAAUUUAAUUUGAAUUAUUUUUUAUUUUUAAACAGCCAACAAUGGACGAGUCACAUCUUAGGCCGACCGAAACCACCGGGUUGGCAAGUAAAAAGGAAAAAGAAGUAAAGGUUCAUAUACCUGAUUCAAGUUCGGUAUGUUUAUUAAAGAACACAAUUAUUCUGAACAUUAAUCCUAAAUAAGUAUCUGUUGAGAAUUAACAACAAAUCUGUUUUAUUUUGUAGACUGGAUUUAGCUUUCGAAAACUAUGGGCAUUUACGGGACCUGGAUUUUUAAUGAGUAUUGCCUAUCUCGAUCCAGGAAAUAUAGAAUCUGAUCUGAAGUCUGGAACAACUGCUAGAUAUAAAGUAUAAAAUCAAAUGAGUAUUUGUUUUAAAAUAUCACUUAACAUAAUUAAUGUAUUAUAGUUAUUGUGGGUGUUAAUGAGUGCUACCAUAUUGGGUUUGGUAAUGCAAAGGCUGUCAGCUCGUUUAGGGGUUGUUACUGGUCUUCAUUUGGCUGACAUGUGUUAUCGCCAGUACAGAAAAUUUCCUAGGAUAUUUGUGUGGCUAAUGAUGGAAGUGGCUAUUAUUGGUUCAGAUAUGCAAGAAGUAAUUGGCACUUCCAUUGCGCUUUAUUUGCUCAGUAAUAAAAUGUAAGCAUAAAUCAUAUUCUAGAAAAAACUAAAUGGGGUUAUCUAGUAUUAUUUCUAAAUUUUAUUCUUUUAUAACUGAACAAUCUAUACUUGGUAAAUUUUUAUUCUUAAUUUAUUUGAUCCAAAUCACCACUAUUUGGCCUAAUUUUGACCAUCACAACAAAUAAAUAACAAAAUAAUAUUAAGAUGCAUUUUACUGUAGAAUGAUGACCUAAAACCAGAAAUGGUAAGGUUUUAGGAAAAAAUAAUUUUUAGAAUAUAAUUAAAUCUUGUUUCCCCAUUGAAUGUAAUGUUUUUAGAUAAGUUUCUUAAAAUUUGACCGAAAAAUGUUUUAGGGCCUUCUGAUUUUAAUCUGGAACCCUAAUAAGUACAUACCAAAUGCUUGGCUGGGUUUUUAAAAUUAAUAUUGUUUUUAAAACAUUUUUAUUUACAUAUUAAGAGAUUUAUCAAAAACCAUAAAUAGCCUAAAGAAAUGUUUAUGACAGAAUAAAAUGAAUUAUUCAUUCUUAAGAAGUUAUUAAAGUCUUAAAUUAAUCCAUAUUAUUUCUAAAACAAUACUUUUUAAUAUAUAUGUAUACACAAAAAUAAAAUUUGUAUUGAAUAUUUAACAGUUCUAAUUGUUGUUCUAAUUUUGUGCACAAAACCACACCUUUUAUUUUUUAAUAAAGUUUUCUAAAAUAAAUGUUUUUUAAUUGUAUAAUUUUUUCGAUCUAUAAUUUAUUUAAUAAAACCUAUAUUAUAAUUUAAAAAAAACAUAUGAUAAUUAAUUUAGGAUACCACUUUGGGUAGGAGUGCUGAUCACUGUCUUUGAUACUUUAUCUUUUUUGAUGCUGGACAAGUACGGACUCCGAAAAUUGGAACUCGUGUUUGGUUUAUUCAUUGUUAUAAUGUCUUUGUCAUUUGGAUAUGAGGUAUUAAACCUUAUAGUUUUUCUUUACAUUUGUGAUCUUUAAAAGUGUAUAAUUAAGUGUUUUGUACUUUAUAGUUUGCAAUUGUUCAACCAGAAUUAAAAGAUAUGGCUAAAGGAUUAGUAAUUCCUUGGUGUUCAGACUGUCAAGAAUCCGCUCUUCUUCAGGCUGUAGGCAUUAUUGGAGCAAUUAUCAUGCCACAUAAUCUUUACCUUCAUUCAGGUCUAGUCAAGGUAAAUUUAAUAGUUAUUUAAAUUGUUUAAUGGUUUUAAAAAAUGAUUCAUUGUGCACUCAAUAAUUUGUUUAAAUAAUUACACAAUUACCUAUAUAUUAUAUUAUUUAUGGCAUAUAUGUAUUAUUAUGUCAUUAAUUUUAUGAUCAAAUGUAAAUAAUUAAAAAAGAUGUAUAUAUAUUUAAAUUACUAUAAUUUAUAAAUGCAUAUAAUGUGAAGGUCAUACAAUCUAAUUUGCAAUUAUACCCACUGGCAUAGCCAGGGGGUACCAUUCCCUAUGGUCCUCGUUUUCUUUACCAAUUUAGUGAGUAGUGCAUUUUUUAAAUGUAUUUUAGGAAAUUAAUUAUAUCAUUUAAUUUUGGAUUUUUUUUUUUUUUUUUUUUGUGCUCUAUUCAAAAUAAGAUUAAACGCGCAGACUGAACUGUAAAGCAAAUCUGCACCUCCUGGUCAGCGCUACUUGUCCUACGAUUGACCAUCAAUUCUCAGUUCUCAUUAUUGUCACUAUCCCCAUGCUUAUAGGGAAUACAUGCAGUUGGUGAGGGAAAUGUAAUGGUGGAAAUGUGCAAUGAUGACAAUAGUUAGUUCUUGAUUAAUUUUUCUUUCUAUUCAAUAUGACUAAAAAUUAAUAUAUUGCAUGUCAAAUUUAUUUUAAAAGGUUUUAGAUUUGAGUGCAGAUAAUAAUAUAUUAGUUCCAUUGUAAUCUAUGAUUUUUAUUUAUUAUUUGAUUUAGUAAAAUAAAUGCAUUUUAAGAUCAUAUAGCCCUAACUAAAAAUUGAUUUUCCUCUUAAAAAUUAUUAUUAGGUAGUUAUUUCCCAAUUUAUUCAAAAUAGACAGUUAAAUAUACAGUUAAUAUUAUUUUUAGAUUCUGAGUGUAGCGAGAGAGCUAUUGGUUUAAUUAAGAUUUUUCUUUUUUUUCUUUCUUCUAGUCUGUGGACACAUUUUUCACAAGAAAACUUGCUCAAAUUUUUACGUGUAGCAACUUUUCUAAAAGCUCAAGUUGUCUAGAUGGUAGCGUUUUGAAAUCAAAUUUAAACGAAAAUCGCAAAAAAUUAUGGCACUUCAAAUUAUGUAUUACCAAACUACGCUCGAAAUUAUCUUUCGUCAAGCAAUAGUUGCUUACAGAUAUUUAAAGGAAAUAACCUUAUGUAUCCUACCUUCCCAACUUCUCACCUACAACAGCAGCCACUCACUCCCAUCCCCAGUAUCAACUCUUUUUUUAUUAUUUAAAAUUAUUAAUAUGCACAAUAUAAGUUUAAACAAUUGUUUUAUAAUAUUAAAAUGUAAUUUUUUGAUAUUUUCUUAUAGUUUAUUGUGGUUGCUUUAAAUGUAGAGGUUUUUUCCUCUAUGCAACUAAGUAAUUAACAAAAGAAUGUUCAUUUUAAUUUAUAGUCUAGAGCAGUAGACCGAACAAAAAAAGAUAAAUUAAAAGAAGCCAAUUACUAUUUUUUUGUUGAAUCUUCCAUUGCGUUAUUUGUAUCAUUUGUGAUCAAUGUAUGUGUUGUAUCAGUAUUUGCUCAUGGUUUAUAUAAUAAGACAAAUAAAGAUGUGGUAAGUAAAAAAUAUAAUUUUUUUAAAUAUUGUAUUAAUAUCUAAUUGUGUACAUUUUUAUUUCAGUUGGAUAUCUGUAUUAAAAAUAAUAACACAUAUACAGAUAUUUUUUCAGUAAGUUAUUAAACCUUAGUAAUUUAAAUAUCUAUAAAUAAUUGUGUAUAAAUAUGUUAAAGGUCUGUUCAAAUAGUUCUAGAAAUGUUUGAAUUGUGUAUUAACAAAGUGUCAAAGAGCAUUAGGAUUAAUAACACUGUCAUUUAUGACUUCUCCAUAGGACAUCUGUUUUUGUAAAUUUGCUGUAACCUUCUUUGUUUUAUUGAGACUAAUGUUUUUCAUACUUGGUGAUUUUUUUAAAUAAAUCCUAAAGAAGUGUAACUCAAAGAAGAUUAACUAAUGUGCUUUUUGAGAGAUCAGAGAAGAUUUUUCUAAUAUUUGUAUAAUUAUGUAGUGAUACAGUUAAUGAUAAUUAUUAUGAUACAAUUUCUAAAAGUUGUCACUUACUAUACCAAAAAGUUUCUUAUAAAUCUAAACUUAGCUUUAUUUUUGAUACAUAAAAUUCUCGAGACAAAUUUUGCUGUGGCUCAGCAUAUAGCAGUAUUUUUCAUGUAGAGAAUCUUCAAAAAAUAGAUUUACCUCAAAAUAAGUCACACAUGAUGUGAAAUAAAUCCUACUGCUUUUUAAUGAUCUGUUAGCGUGCAAUUGAAACAGCUCUAAAACUUUUUGAACAGACUUUGUAUGUGUAUUUUUUAAUUUUAACCAUAAUUUCUCUAGAACAAUACUGAAUUAGUUGAAGUAGAUAUUUAUAAAGGUGGAAUAUUCCUUGGUUGUCAGUUUGGCAUAGGUGCCAUGUACAUUUGGGCAAUUGGUAUUUUAGCUGCUGGUCAAAGUAGUACAAUGACUGGUUGUUAUGCUGGACAAUUUGUAAUGGAAGUGCGUGGUCUUAAUUGAUAUUUUGUUUCGAUAAUAUAUAUGACACAUGGAUUUUAGGGUUUUUUAAAUCUUCAAUGGAGCCGUUGGAAAAGAGUCGGAUUUACUCGAGUAGUUGCUAUAGCACCCACAUUUUAUUUUGCAUUCUUUACAAAUAUUAAUGAUCUGACAGGCAUGAAUGACAUAUUGAAUGCUGUAAUGAGUUUACAGCUUCCUUUUGCUACACUUCCAGUAAUUGCAUUCACAAGUAAUCCUCGGAUAAUGGGUGAUUUUACCAACGGAUAGUAAGUUCAAUAAAUAAUAUUUAAAUUAUUAUUAGGAAUAACCUAACACUAAAUUUAUUAAUUUUUCAGUAAAAACAUUAUAAUAACAAUUAUAUUGUCUAUUGUAAUAAUUAGCAUAAAUAUAUACUUUGUAAUCUACAACACCAUAAACUAUUUUACUCAUAGUUGGAUUUUAAUGCUUGGAAUAAUAGCAUAUGGUUUUAUUUAUAUAUUGAUGUGUGCGUAUCUCUCCCUGCAUCUUUUUAUCAGCAUGCUGGAUGAUUGCAGCCCAUUGCGUAGGAAUCCUGUUAGUAUUAAUUUUUGAAUAAUUAUAAUAAUCUAUCAGCAUACAUAAUUUUUUAUUUUUAAAUAUUAUUUUAUUUUUAGUUUAUUAUGAAAUAUAUUGGUCCAGAGAUAGGUAAUAAUUUUUCUCACCAUCAACAAACAAAUUCUACUUCUACACCACCAAGGUAAUGUAUUUUAUUUAUAUUAUGUUAUAAUUAUGUAAUUUAACAUUAAAAUAGGUUAAAAUAAAAAUAACCUAUUUAAUAAUAAGGCUAAGUUAAUUUUUUCUUUUUUUAUUUGUAGCGGGGCAUUUUACUCAUAAUUAGUUAUUGUUUGACUUUAUACUUAAACGCAUUAUUUAUCCAUACCUAAAAUUACAUAAGUGAUUUAAUAUUUCUAUUGAUUUAAUGUAUUAUGAUAUUAAAUCUCAAGUAAAAUGGGUUAAAUCUAUACUAAAUGUAUUAAAUAUUCAUUACAAGUGUCUAACAUAAUAUGCUACAAAUUUUUUUGGGACUUGUGGUUUGCUAAUUGCAUGCAUGUAAAUUGGGCUUUUUUUAAUAUAAAAUUAAAUAUAGAGUUAAUAAUAAUAUGAUUUGUUUUCAUUUUUUUAGUCAAUUUUAAUGAUUUAAAAGGAACCUUAUCAAGGGACUUCAUUUCUAACAUUUGCUGUUUGUCAAUAACUAGCAACAAAAGCAUUUUGCAUUUUAUAAAAAAUCAUUUAAUUUGGAUCCUACAAAAUUUUUUUUUUUUUUUACAUAUUUCUUCCAUUUCUUAAAUUUCAUAAUUUAUUAAUGAUUAAAAUUAAUUUUAACACAUAUAUCAAAUGUAAUAGAUCAAUUUUGCCUUAAACUCAACCAGAGAAUUUCAGUUGUAGUAGUGAAAUGUUGCUAUUUAUUACGGGUGAAACAGAUACAGUAAAAAAAUGUUGGUGAUGAGGGAUCUUAAUAAAGUAAUUCAAUAAGCACUAUAUUAUAUUAAAAACGGUCUUUAAAAAAUAUUUAAACAUAUACUAAUUUAGCUAAUUAAACUUAAGUUUUGGUCUAAUUUUAUUCUUAUUUUAUUUUACAUUAAAAUGAUAGCAGCCAAGAUGACAUACCAAAUAUCAAGCUAUAAAAAUACUAAUAAUUAUGAUGGGUUGUAUUGCAUGUGCCAAAAGGAUUGUACUUAACAUCAAUAAAACUAGCAAGUAUAUAACUAAUAUAAUUUAUGUCUAAUGUAUUAGUCUAAAGAAUUAUGCUUAUUUAUAAAUAUAUUUGUAUACAUUAGAAAGUGUUAACAUAAUAUUUAGUCCAAAUUUGGUUAGUUGUCUCACUUAGCUCAUAAAGGCACAAACCAGUAUUAUCAUUGUUAGUGAUAUUUGUAUGAAUUUAUUGUGUUAUAAAAAUUCAAUUCUAUCUUUAACCCAUUUGAUAGAAAUUCUUUAUAAUACGUUAAACAUUAAUAAUUAUACAAAAAACAUGGUCACAAAAGAGAAGAAAAAAUGUUCUGUUACUUGUGUAUAUAUUGCCGUCUAUGUCCGCAAUCAGUCAUUAUCAAUAAUGCCUAGUCAUUAUUGGUAAUGACUAAAAUUAAAAGUGAAUAUGAAAAAUAUUAAAUUUAUUUUAUUAAUCUAGUUAAUAAAAAAUGAAUAUAAUGGUAUCUUUUGUGAUGUUAUAAUACUUAUUUUUAAGAUCAAAUACCACUUGACCACUUUGAUGAAUAGUGUAUUAAGAAUAUCUAACAAAUUCUUCUUAGUUAUGUAAUAAAGGACAUCUGAUGUGUUAUCUUUUACACUCUUAAUGAAACAUUAUUUUCCACUUAUUGAUAACAUGUCGUAUGUACUAAAGUUUUUAUUAUCUUCAGGAUUUUCUUUAAACCAAAUAUAUUCAAAAUUUUGGAAUUUUUUUUACUUCUUCCAGUCUAUUCCUUUAUAAAAAAAAGUUCUAUUAUCCACAAUUUAUAAUUAAUACAUAAUCAAUAUUUUUUAUUAAGUUGUUCAUGCAUAUUGACUAAAUUCAUUAUUAAUAUUUAUUAAGAUUUACAACAACACAAUAUGUAAACAAAAACCAACAAAUUUCCACAGAAAAAAAUUGUGUAAUAAAAAUAAGAUAAAAUAAAUUAUACAAUUGUAUGAGCAAGAAUCAAUAAUCAGCUUAAGAAAUAUCAAUAAAUGACAAUGAUUAAACAUAUCUGUAUCUGAAAUUGUUCACACCAUCAAUACUGACAUUGCUUAGUCAUUACCUACAUUUCCUGAAUUCCCGAUGUUGACAGUAAUAUAUAUAAAAUAUAACUAUCAUUUAAAAGGAAGAAAAAAAAUCAGUGUUUUCUUGUAAAUAAUCAUUAGUAUAUAAUUUAAUUUUUAUUGUUACAUAUAAUUAUAAAUAAUUAGAAAAGUAUUCAAUUCUUCACAAAAUGAAAGUAAAUAGUAAUUAUUUGUAAAAUAAGUUACAACAAUAAAAAUCACAAUAUAAUAUUCUAAAUUUUAACAAUGAUAAUAACAAUUGAGACUUGAAGGUAAGUUCUACAAAAGUAUAGUGAGACUACCUAUUUUUUAUGGUUUGUAGUGUUGAGCAAAGUAUUGUAAACAGAGAAUAAAUAUAGCAGAAAUUAGGUUGAAUGAGUGGAGUGAUGAAAUAAAUAAAAUGAGGAUGAGUACAUAAGAUGUAGCUUAGGACGUGGCUUCAAAAUUAGAAAAAAUGAGAGAAAAUAGACUAGAGAUGGUAUGGACAUGACACGAAAAGAGAGGAAUCUGAAGCAGUAAGAGUUACAAUGAAAAUACACAUAGGUAGAAAGAGAUGGAGAAGGACAAAAGAGAAGUGGUUGAAUGUGAUUGAGAACAACCGGUGUAAGCAAGGUGGGAGAUCAAGUCAUGAAGUAGUUUAGAACGAAGGUGGCUAACUCUAAAGAGUUAGAAUGAAGGAGAAGAAUAAGAACAAUUACAAUUACAUUUACAUUUUAACAAAUAUCAUCACAUAAUUUUGUUUAAUCAUUCAUCAAAAAUUAGUUUAUUAUGUGUACAUAUAUUAUAAUAUGUGGGUAUAACAUAAUUAUCUAUUAAUUAAAUUAAAUUAAUAACUUAAUUAUUAUGAACUUAAAUUUUGUUAUUUAAUAUACUCAAUUAUUUUGUUUUUUUAAUUGUUUUAACUCUAGAAAUAUUCAAGAACCACAAAUGGCAGACCAUAAUAUUUAAUUACCAUAUUGUAAUGUUAAAUCUGUUGAUUAUUAUGAAGAAUGAUUAUGAACGGUUCACUAAUGAACAAAAUUAUAAUAUAUUUAAUUAUUAUUGUCUUAAAUUCAAUUUUAUAUUUGUUCAAGUUUAAUUUUAAUUUUUUGAUCAAUUUAAUGGAGGGAGGGGGGAUUUUUAUCUUAAUGUAUUUUUUUUAUAGUAAUUACAAAUACAAAUAAUUACCUGUUGACUAUUAAGCAGUAUAUGAGGACUAAAAAUAAGAUAAUCAUAGUCUUUGGUGGUAUACGACUGAAAUAGUGAUCCAAUAUCUAAGUAUAUCUAAGUUGAUAUUAAUAAAUAUGUCAAAAAUGUAUAAAUUAACUUAUUAUUUAUUAUUACCAUAUUUUCUAGUUUUAAGAUAUACAUUUUAAACCAUAAAUUAAUAAUAAUGUGCAAUUUUGUUCAUUUAAGAGGUGAAAUAAUUUAUCUUUAAGUUUUUUAAAUAUCAAUUGAUAUAAAUUUGAAAACAAAGAUGAUUUUUUAUAUCAGUUAAUUUUGUUUUAAUUUUAAAAAUGUUUGAAUUAUUAUCAGGCUCAUUUUUAAAACUAAUUAUUUAACUUUUUAAAGUUAUUAUUUAAUUUUAAUUCAAGUAUCUUUAUUUUCAACGAUAAAAAAUAUUCAUUAAUUUUAGUAUAGUUUACCAUAAAUAUGAGUUUUAAUUUAUACUAAAUUAAUCAUCUAAUGUACACAUACAUGUGAUAAAAUUUAUGUUAUUGAAAUUAUAUAUUAAUUAGAUCAGUUUAUUAUUUGUUAUAAAUUGAUAUCAAAUAGUAAAAAGUUACCUAUGUAUAUUUAUUAACUUGUAUAAAAUUAUGUUCUUUGAUUAAAUAAUAAAUAUAUGAUACAUAUUUUUUUAUUAAAAUAUAUGUUGGAUUUUUAUUUUAUAAUAAAUAUAUUUAUUUUUGUUUGACAUAUAUGUAUAUCUUAUCCACACAUUAUUAAUGGUACCCUGUUUUUUUUGUGGGUGCAAUUACUAUAUAAUCAGCAAAUAAAUGUAUAAUUGAGAUAUUAUGUUAUCAGACAUUAUCAUCAAACAAUACAAGUACAUAGGAUAAUAUUUAAGUGAACUUUUAAUGUACCUUUAUUAUUAAUUUGGUAAUUUACUUAUUUGAAAUAUAUAUAAGUGGUUUUAUUUCUCUAAAACUUUUGGAUUUAUCCAUCUCUAAUUUUAAAGGGGGAAACCAGAUACAUAUAGGUACUUAAAUAUUUAUCAAUAUGUUAAUGGGCAAAAUACAUGAUCUGAAUUAAAUAUAUACUGUUACAGAGAAUAAUGAAGGUAAUGAAAAUAUAAACUAACAAAAUAACAAUAAUCUGAGAUGAUCCCUAUUGUAUUUAACUUAUGACUACUACAGCAGUAAUUAAUAAUGGGCUAGCAUGCAUGUUGAAUCUGAAAACUCAAAAGUGACCAGUGGCCAAGGAAAAUAUUCAGUGAUUAUAAUUAACUGAAAAUAAAUUAUUCACUGUUAAAGAUUAAUAUUCAGAUAAAUAGGUUAAUAUUGGUACUGCAGUCAAAUUUAUUAAAUUCCUGCUGUCAGAUAACUUGUACCUAUUAAGUUAAUAACUAUAGAACAAAGUUAUAUUACUUCAAUAAACUGGACAAAUCAAUUUUAUAAUAAAUUAAGAGUCAUAACAAAUCUGUACCACAAAAAUAAAUUUAUAUAUUUUAUAAUAUAUUAAUAGAUACAUUAAUUUGCCCUGUUAUUAGAAUGGAAGACAAAUUAAAUGUCUCGAUUAAAAAAUUCAACAGUCUUUAAAAGUUAUUUUUACAAACUCAAUAUUUUGUCAUUGAUUAAUUUCUUUCAAUAAAACACACUUCAUGGAAUUUUUUGAACAUUUAUACAAGUCUUAAUAUUAUUGUACUAAAACUAUUAAAAUGUAAAUCACAAAUUUUGAAAGCUCAUAAAAUUAUUUGUAUUAGAAAAUAUAAAGUUUAUUUUAUAUUAAACAAACAUCUUUUUAAUCAUUAUUGGUUUUUUUUUUUUUUUUUAUACAUAACAGAAUAUAAUUAAAUCAUAAUAUUAUAUAUACAAACUAUUUUUAAAAAUAUGAGACCUACUUUUGUUUUAGACAAAUCAAUAUUUUAUUUGCUUGUCAAAAUAAUAAUUUUAUACUUUGUAAAAUAAAUAUUUAAAUAGAAAAUUAUUAUUUAAUAGGGGCACACAAUUUUUAUAUCUCGUUAAACAAUUGAAAAAUUGAAAAAAAAACAUCCUAAGCAAUUUGUUUAAGUUUGUUUCUUUAACGAUAUUAAUAUUAUGGUUUUACAAUUCUUAGUUAUAUUCAGUUAUUAAAGUUUAAUUAAUAGAAGGCGUUACUCCUCCUUUCCAUUGUAUUUCAAUAAAUGACCACUUAGAUUGUAAACAAGAUUGCAAGUUGUUGUCCUCAGAUAUACAUAUAACAUCAGAUUCUUGAAUAACAGCAUUACCUUCUAUAUAAGUGACCUUAGAAUUAGGAUUAGAUCUUGGCUGUCCGUUGUAAUGAAACACUAUGAAAACAUCUGGAGUUCUAACUUCUUGCUCAGAAAAAAAUUCAUCCAUAAACGAUGGCAGUAAUAUAAUACCCAAUCCUUCAGAGUCCAAUUUUGAACAAAUUAAAUUCACACUAAAAAUAAUAAUUAUAUUAUAUUUCAGACAAUUUACAAUAAUAUUAUAGCAUAUAAUAUCGCAUUAUUUUUACAUACUAUUCUUCAUCAGAAACAAGAUCUAAUUUUUCCAACAAUGGUUUUAGACUUUGAGUACUUAUGAAAUUGUUCCCACCUUCAUCAAAUAACUUAAAUGUUCGUCUAGCAAUAUCUGCUUGAGUUUCCAUGCUUACCAAGUUACGGUUAAAUGAAAACAGUACUGUAAUAAUUGAAUAUAUUGAGACUUAACUUACUAGUUUUUGUAAUUUGUAACCUGAUUGAAAAUGCUUUUAAGUACCAGUGAGAUGAGUAUCACUACCCAACACCCAGAUUGGAUUGCAAGGAUUUUUUAAAUAAGUUCCCACUUGACAAUACCUUAAAUGUUCCAAUAAAGUCAUAAAUCCAAUUUCACUUUGUUUUUCAAUGCCUUGCAAUUCUACGACAGUAAAAUAAUUAAAAUAUAUUUUGUUUAUUUAAUUUUAACAUUAAACUUACUUAGCCCAGCUACUAUUUGAUCAUUAUUAAAAACAUUAGAAACUGCUCGUCCAGUUAUCAUCAUAUUAAUUAAACUUUGACUACCAUAGCCAAAUUCUUUAUCAAUUAAUGAUACUUCUAAAUCACCAAUUUCUUCUUUUAAUUUAACUAAACCCUUUGA